GUUUUGUUGAUUUUUCAUUCAAUAAGUUUUUAAUUAAUUUUCACCUAUUUUCUGCAAUGUUUAUCAAAAUUUUCAGUGAAUAAAAUUAAGUAAAGAUGACAUCGAAAGAGCUGUAUGUGAAGGGAGCGCGCAUUUGGAUUCCAAAUGCCGAGUUUGUAUGGGAAGGCGCUGUGCUUGAUGAGAAUUACGAUCCGAGUAAAAUAUCGAUUAAAUUAACGACCGACAAAGGCGAUAAGCGUGAAAUUAAAGUUAAAAAUGAGAAGGAAUUGCCGCAUUUGAGAAAUCCAACUAUUCUCAUCGGUCAAGAUGAUUUAACAGCACUCUCUUAUCUCCAUGAGCCAGAUGUGCUGUACAACUUGGAAGUUCGCUUUAAAGAACGUCAAACAAUUUAUACUUAUUGUGGGAUUGUAUUAGUUGCUAUAAAUCCAUAUUAUGAACUUCCAAUCUAUGGACCUGACAUCAUUCAAGCAUAUCGUGGACAUACAAUGGGCGAAAUGGAACCACACGUCUUUGCCGUGUCUGAAGAAGCUUAUGCUAAAUUGGAACGUGAAAAAAGUAACAUUAGUAUUAUUGUGAGUGGAGAAUCAGGCGCCGGUAAAACUGUAUCAGCAAAAUAUGCUAUGAGAUAUUUCGCAGCAGUCGGUGGAAGUGAGUCGGAAACGCAAAUUGAACGAAAAGUCCUUGCAUCGAGUCCUAUAAUGGAGGCUAUUGGGAAUGCAAAAACGACAAGGAAUGAUAAUAGCUCGAGAUUUGGCAAAUUCACAAAAUUGUUAUUUAACAAUAACAUCUCAAUGAUGUCACUGACUGGUGCCACAAUGCAGACAUAUCUCCUUGAAAAAUCUCGUGUUGUAUUUCAAGCGCCGGAUGAACGAAAUUAUCAUAUUUUCUAUCAGCUUUGUGCUGGUCGUUCAAAAUAUCCUGAACUGAUGCUCGAUCAUCCUGACAAGUUUAGAUUUUUAAAUCAAGGCUGUGCUCCCGUUAUUCCACGAGUAUCUGAUGCUAAUGAAUUUGAUGACACAUUAAAGUCAUUAACAACAUUAGAAUUCUCAAAUGAUGAAAUUAACAACAUAAUUAGAAUUAUUGCUGGAAUCUUACAUUUAGGAAAUAUUAACAUAACAUCCGUUGAUCAAGAGUCAUCGGCAAUAGAACCAAAUGAUUUAUCACUUAAUAUACUCUCCGAUAUAUUAAAACUCAAGAAGGAUAAUCUUUCUCGAUGGCUCACAACUCGUCAAAUUGAGUCUAUUAAUGACACUGUCUUAAUUCCAAUGAAUAAAGACCAAGCAGAGGCUGCACGAGAGGCUCUUGCCAAACACAUUUACUCCAAAGUAUUCCAAUAUAUCGUAAAGACAAUAAACAGAAAUUUAAUUAACACCAAGCAGGAAGAUAACUUUAUUGGCGUUCUCGACAUUUAUGGAUUCGAAACGUUCGAAAUUAACUCAUUUGAGCAGUUUUGCAUAAAUUAUGCCAAUGAGAAACUGCAGCAACAAUUCAAUUCACAUGUAUUUAAAUUGGAACAAGAAGUUUACCUGAAAGAAGGAAUUGUUUGGAACAUGAUUGACUUCUAUGAUAAUCAGCCAUGCAUCGAUCUGAUUGAGUCAAAAUUGGGAGUUUUGGAUUUGCUGGACGAAGAGUGUCGAAUGCCCAACGGCUCUGAUAAUUCCUGGGUUGGAAAGUUGAAUGAAAAAUGUUCAAAAUAUAAGCAUUAUGAAAAGGCUCGAUUCGGUACUUCGUCGUUCUUAGUAAAGCAUUUCUCUGACACUGUGCAGUAUGAAUGUGCUGGAUUUCUCGAGAAAAAUCGAGAUACUGUCUCGAAGGAACUUGUUAAUGUAAUUCAACAAUCAGACAUGGAAUUCUGUCGUCAUUUAAUCCUUUUUGAUGAGAAGGAUGAUAAGAAUAAUGAGAAAAGCAAGUCAGCAACUCUUGGAAGCGCUCGUGUUGUUAUUAGUGCAGCAAAAGUGCAGUCUGUUAAGCAGGAUAAUUUGCGAAAUACAAAAACCCUUCCAUCGAAACAGCACAAACACACGGUUGGAUCGCAAUUUCGUGACAGUUUAAGGCAAUUAAUAACGACAUUGCAUUCAACAACGCCUCAUUAUGUCCGAUGUAUUAAGCCAAACGAUGAAAAGUCGGCAUUUAAAUGGGAAGCCCAAAAAAUUGUCCAACAAUUAAGAGCUUGCGGUGUACUUGAAACUGUUCGAAUUUCAGCAGCUGGAUUUCCAUCGCGUUGGGCAUAUGAUGACUUUUAUGAUCGAUAUCGUUUGCUAUGCAGACGUGCUGAAAUUGUUGAUUGGAAUACGAAAGCUACGUGCACGAAUAUUGUCAGGAAUUGGCUGAUUGAUGAGGAGAAAUAUCGUUUUGGACAUACGCAAAUCUUCUUCCGUGCUGGUCAAGUUGCAUAUUUAGAACAAUUGAGAGCUGAUUUGAGACGUAGAUAUAUUGUUGUUGUACAAUCAGCUAUUAGACGCUUUAUCUAUCGAAAUAAGUUCUUAAGACUUAGGAAAACAGCACUUGGAUUACAAACAUAUGCGCGAGGAUUACUAGCUAGAAGAAAGGCCAAUAAUUUACGGCAAAAUCGUGCUGCUAUUCAGUUACAACGUUAUAUGAAAGGCUGGUAUCAACGUACAAAAUAUGUCAAUGCGAGAAGAAGCAUUUUAGCAAUACAACGAUAUGGACGUGGAUAUAUGGCACGACAACGAUUCUCGACGACAAUGGAUAAUCACAAGGCAACUGAAAUACAGAGAUUCUGUCGUGGAUAUUUGGCGAGAAAAGAAUUCAAUGAGAAGAUAAGGAAGAUUGUUUUAGUCCAAUCAUGUAUUCGACGACAUCUAGCCAAGAAGCAAUUCAAGAAAUUAAAGGCAGAAGCUCGAUCUAUUUCACAUUUGCAAACAAAAUACAAAGGUCUUGAAAAUAAGAUUAUUGAAUUGCAGCAAAAGUACGAUUUGAUUAAUAAGGAAAAUGCAUCGCUUAAGCAGCAAAUUGUCGUCAUUCCUGAAUUGAGAAAUAAAGCAGAGCAGCUGAAGAUCCUCGAUAAUGAGCUAAAGACAGUGAAAUCAACAUUGAGCGACAAGGAAGACCGUCUUAUAUUUAUACAAAAAUCAUUAGAUCGUGAACGAGAUGAGAAAAUGUCCGUGCUUGAUGAAAAAGUGAAGGAUGAAGAAGCAUGGAUGAUAGAAAAGAAUCAGUGGCAAGUUGAAAAGCUUGAAUUAAAGCAUAAAAUUUCUGAAAUGCUUGAAAUUGCUGAAAAUGAUAAGAAUGCUAAAUUAAAAGAAGCGGAAGCUAAUGAAAUCAAUCAUGCUUAUCAUAAAGUUAUCAAGGAUAAGGAGUCGCUAGAAAAUGAAAAUCUAUUACUGAGACAAGAAGUGAAGCGUCUUCAAAUGAUUAUUUCAAGCCCAAAUGAAUUUGAUCAAAUACGCUCAUCGAUGUAUGGACACGAAGAAGAUUUUGGCUAUUCGUCUCACAAAAAUACACUGGAAAAGACCAGGAAAAAUGGAUCAGUGUUGAAUGCAUCGUCGCAGCUUUCUGAAGGUGAAUUUUACUCUUUGACAAGUUCUCAUAAUUCCAGUGUACAAAAUAGUAGCACACCAUCCAAAAAUCAUACUUUAGAGCGUAAAAUAAAGAGCUUCUUUGGUUUCUCAACUAGUCGCAUUUCUGAAGAUCAAGCAACAUCAACACCAAAUAAUAGCCCGACAAAUCAGAAUGACACAACCGUUUUGAUGCUUCGAUUGAGGAAGUUGCUGGAAGAUGAGAAAAGUAAGGGCGAUUCACUACGUAAUGAGCUUGAAUGGAUGAAGAGAAAAAGCAAUUCAAACGUCACAGAAGAUUCAAUAAAAAUAUCAGAAAUGGAAGUUGAGAAUGAGAAAUUGAGACAAGAUUAUCAAUUGCUUAGAAAUAGUAUAAAUCGUGGCGUUGAACAUCAGGAAUUAGAAUCACAAUAUCUAUCACUUGUUGAAGAGUUGAGACGACGACGCGAUGAAUGUAUUCAGUUACGGUCAAUUUUAUCACAACAAUCGCAAACAAUUCGUACAUUUGGAUCACAGCCCGACUCAAAAGACUCAAUGUCACUGAGAAAUUACGAUAACAAUGAAUUGAUGGAAGCAUUCCAAGCACAAAAACUGGCAAAUAAACAACUCGAGUCAGAAUUGACAGCAUUAACCGAAGAGCACAAUAUGAAGCUUACCGAAAUGAUGCGUGAAAUUGACACAAUGCGUAGCGAGAAAAUAAUGCUCGAAAGUAUAAUACAAGAUAAGGUUGAGAUGGAAAAUGGCUAUGAUCCAUCAACGAUGCGACAAAAAGAGAGUUAUUUACGUAUGGAGUUGGAAAAAUCAGCCUCAGCAUUUGUUGAUUCGCAAGAGCAUUUAAAUAAAAUCAAAAAACAAUUAAUUGAUUUACAAAAACGCAACAAAAUUCUCGCAAAUCGAUUAAAAGAAAAUGGCAUUAGUGAUUCUGUCUUAACGGGUGACUCAACAUAUGAGGCAGGUAUGGCGAGUGUCACAAAAAAGAAGGCUCAAAGUUAUCAAGGUAUUAUAAAGUAUCAACAUUCAGACGAAGUGAAACUAUUACAAAGAUUGGUGAAUGAUUUGACGCCACGUACAGCCAUCACAUUACAGCCAAGUCUUCCUGCACACAUACUAUUCAUGUGCAUAAGAUAUACGGAUUUAUUGAAUGCUGAUAAUCAAGUCAAGACACUGCUGACAAAUUUCAUAUUGAGCGUAAAGAAAAUCUAUAAAGUACCAAAUAAGAUUGAGACGAGAAUUUUGUGGGUUGUUAAUACAAUAUCGCUACAUAACUUACUGAAACAAUACGGUGGAAAUGAAGAGUACAUGGAAAGGAAUACAGAAUUACAGAAUCAACAGCAAUUGAAGAAUUUUGAUUUGUCUGAAUAUCGAGUUGUUAUUCAUGAAGCGAUUGUCUUUAUGUAUGACAUUCUUGUCAAGCAUUUGAGAGAUACAAUUAAGUCAUUGAUUGUUCCAGCUAUAUUGCAUCAUGAUGAGACGGCACGGGGAAAAAAUCGUCGAUCACAGGCAACAGAUUCGCCGGGUAAUGAUACCAAGAUUUCAACAGAACCGCAAUCAUUAAUAAAUCAACUGGAGUAUUUCUACAAGCAAUGUGUAUUCUUUGGCUUACAUCCGUGCUAUAUCGAGCAAAUAUUCCAAGAAUUGUUUUAUUAUAUCUGUGCAGUUGCAUUAAAUAAUCUUAUGUUGAGAAGGGAUUUGUGCACAUGGAAGACGGGAAUGAAAUUGAAAUUUAAUUUAUCCUGUCUUGAGACAUGGGUGAAAAAGCAAAAAAUGUCGGAAUCAGUCAUUAAACCCUCAUCAGCUCUAACGGAAGCAGCUCUCUUGAUGCAAUCUCGAAAAUCAGAUUCUGAUGUUGAUAGCAUAUGUGAAAUAUCGCCAUCGCUGACGAGUGCGCAAAUUCUGAAAUUGAUUAAAUCUUAUACGCCAGAUGACUGUGAAGAUUCAAUAUCGCCAAAACUCAUUGAGAAAUUAUCUGCUAAAUUGGCUGAGAUUAAAGGAGAUAUGUCUAUAAACGACACCUUUCUUAUGGAUGAGAAUCAUGUAAGCGCUGUUAAAGUAAUAUUCGUCUAUAACGAUGCCAAAUUGGAGGAUAUUGAUAUUCCGGACGAAUUGAAAAUCAAUGAGUUGGUUACCAAAAUUUAAAGUGGAAAUUCCUUAACAUUUAAGUAUAAUUAUUAUUUUCAUUUCAUCAAUGAAGUUACCAAAACUUUAUUUUUUUUUUGUGAAUUAAAUUAAAAAGUUGAAAAAGAUUAUACAAAAAAAAAACUAUUAAAAAAGUAAUGCAAAGCAUGAGAGAAUCGAGUGUGUUAUAUUAAACGACUUUAAAGCAUUAAACACCCAAAAUAAUUAACAGGUUUGGGUUGUGGAUGUUGAGAGAUAAACAGUUGCCUAAUAUUUAAGAUUUGAGACUGAAUGAAAUACUAUUUUUUGCAAGAAAAGUUUUGAGAGGAUUUAAAAAUGAUUUUGAAAUUUCAUACGUACUAUAUUCAUGAAAAAUAAAAUUAAUUAUAUUAAAAUUCCAGGGGAAAGUUGGUCGGUUUUGUAUUGAAAAAGUUUAGGUUUGAGCAUUCAAACUUUAGAGUUUGAUGAAUUUAAGUUAAAGCUAAUCUCAAGAUUGACUUUUGAUCUUUAUUCAAGCUAUAAACUUCGUCCAUAAAUUCAAAAUAAGCAUUACCUCGAGCAUCACUCAAACUACUUUUUUGACCAUUUCCAAGACUAAUUCUCCAUCAACUUACUUAAAAAAACUAUAAAUAAAUUAAUAUCUAUUAAACUGCUGCCUGAAAGAAUUGUUAUGAGAUAAACCAGUAAUUGGAAAAAGACAAGAUUCUAUUUUUAUUAAGAAUAUCAUUAGAGCAUAUAGCAAUAAAUUAAAUUUAUUAUCAAAUUGAUGUUAAAAAUGUUAAAUAAUCAAAAGUAUCGUUAACUUCCGCGCCUAGCAAUGGAAGGAAUUAAAAUUAUUUUUGGAUAGAUUUGUAAAAAGGGGUCUGGUUGUAAAUGAUGUUUAAUUUUUAUGGUGAAUUUAUGCUGUACGAGACUUAAUUAAGGAUGUUAUGAUUAGAAUUGAAAGAUCUAGUGCAUAUUCAUAGACAUCAUGGUAACAGCUUUGAGCUGAGUCUUUAUAGCUUACAACUUUCCCGUCUAAGAUCUUGAACAUGAUUAACGGAACCGACCCCAAAGAGGCUUUAAGAAAAGUAGAAUAAAAUUAAGGAUCAUUCACUUAUGACGUCUGUCAAAAAACAUAAUUCGUCCCACUGAAACAAAUCUGUCAUAGAUGAUGAUUCAUCCAACCCCACUCCCUUCGCUAAAUGACGUCAUAUGCAAACAACCCCUUGAGAAAAAUUGUUAAAAUCAAAUUAAAAUUGAUGUCUAGAUGGAAUUUAAAAAUUAAAUGACAAAAACCCACUUUUAAUCCGAAUCAGCUAUAAGCAGUUUAUUACCAGAAACAAAGUUUCAUCAUUGCGACAGCUGACAAGAUGUAUUAAAAUUAGUACAAUUA